GGCAUUUUGUGUCUUCCCACUGCCUCAUUUGCCUCCGUUUUCCUCGUAUAACCCCGACAUCGCAAAUGCUUGUUCCCCCUUCCCAAACCCGAAAAAAUAGGGCCCAAAAAUAAUAACCCAUUAGAUGCCAAAUCGAAUCUACACUAGGUGUCGGCUAACUUUGUUGUCAUCCCUCGCGUAUCAUGGAAUUGGUUCUCGAUUGUUUCCCCGAAGGUAAUGUCCUUGGAGCCACGGACAUAUAACUAUGGCUGCGUCCGCUGGAGAAUGCGCUUGCUCACUUACUUCCCCUCGGAUUCGCCACAAUGACCCUGGCCCUCCCGCUGAGCGACCUCUCUCGUAACCAAGUCCUCCUCAAAGUGUCCCUACCUGAUGGCGCUAUCAUUUUCGAUAUGAAGCCCUGCGAGUCAGGGCUUGAAGCCCCUUUGCCUCCCUCUGACCUGCAGCUGCAUUUUACCACAACCAAGGGGGAGAACGGACUGGAGCUCGCGAUGUGGGCUUCCAGUCGCGCGUCCAGUGCGUCGACGAUGAUGCCGCAGAAUCUCAGCCCUUCUUGGGAUUGGCAGGAGGACUUCAAUGAUGAUACGCUCCUUGAGCCUCCCCCUAGUGCAACUAUAUCGCCCCUUGAGACGUCAUCUGCCUUCAGGGCUUGUACCGAUACGCUUCUCGAAUCCAGCUCGAAUUUUCUUGACGCAGUACAGCUACCUACGCCACCAGGCGAGACACCCUGCAUCCCCAUGAACCAGAUGCCAGACGCGUUCUCAUCCCUGGAUAUAUUUUCUCUGAAUGGAAUGAUGUGGCCUGAUUUUAACCCAGUGUAUCCUGAUACAUCAGAGCCUCUCCCAGAGUUCCCCCUUCCUGCUCCCGCAUCGAACUCAUACCUCCCUCCCUCCCCCGGCUCCGACGUCACUUCAACGUCCACGCACUCUUCCUAUCUCCCUCUCUCAUCACCAGCCGUCUCCUCCACGCCCUCCACGUUUCCCUCCCCCAAAGAAGAGCCCCAACUCGCGCCUCCGCUCGGCUGCUCGCCCCCCGCUCCCGCCCCCGCUCCCACGACCGAAGGCAACGCCCUCCGCCCGCACCCCUGCCUCUUCCCCGAGUGCGGGCGCUGGUUCACGCGCAGCUACACGCGCAACGUCCACAUGCUCACGCACCGCCGGUCGAACGACCCCAAGCCGUUCGUCUGCACUAUCCCCGGGUGCUCCGAGGGGUUCUCGCGGAAGCACGAUCGGCUGAGGCACGAGGUCCGGCAGCAUGGGCGCGGGAGCAACUGGCGCUGUCCGCUGUGCCCCCUCAGCAAGUUUUACUCGUCCCAGAGCACGCUUGAGCGACAUCUUAGCGAGAAGCAUAGCGAGGGGGGGUAGGGUAGUCAGUUGCUAUUACUACUACUACAACGACAACAACGAGUCGAGAUCCACUCCCCCCCAAUUCACUUACCCUGGGCCCCCUAUCGCUGGCCAUUUGGGACUUGGGUAGAAAAGUAAUCUACCCCACUUAACCUAUCUCCGAGGGCGUAACGAGUAGCUUAGCUGUAUUUUGUCUUUUUUUUUUC